CCCGCCUCGCCGCACGGGGGCACCGCUGUCAUCCUGGACAUUUUUCGCCGGGCAGACAAAAAUGACGACGGGAGGCUGUCCCUGGAGGAGUUCCAGCUCUUCUUCGCGGACGGCGUCCUCGACGAGAAAGAGCUGGAGGACCUCUUCCACACCAUCGACUCGGACAACACCAACCACGUGGACACCAAGGAGCUGUGUGAUUACUUUGUGGACCACAUGGGGGACUAUGAGGACGUCUUGGCCUCCCUGGAGACCUUGAACCACUCUGUCCUGAAGGCCAUGGGCUACACCAAGAAGGUGUAUGAGGGUGGGACCAGCGUGGACCAGUUCGUGACCCGCUUCCUCCUGAAGGAGACGGCCACCCAGAUCCAGUCACUGCUGAGCUCCGUGGAGAGCGCGGUGGAGGCCAUCGAGGAGCAGACCUGCCAGAUCCGACAGAACUACAGCAGACCCAGCCGCGAUGCUGCAGAGACCUGGUACAGAAGCCCUGCACCCCCCUACGCCCCCAACCACAAGUUCAUGGCCGCAGAACAGGGGCGGAUCCUUCCACCUGUCCCGGUGGAGGCCAAGGAGGAGAGCCUGGAAGCCCAGGUCAGCCGCUUGGCAGAGCUGAUAGGACGGCUGGAGAGCAAGACCGUCUGGUUUGACCUGCAGCAGCGCCUGUCGGAUGAAGACGGGACUAACAUGCAUCUGCAGCUGGUCCGGCAGGAGAUGGCCGUGUGCCCGGAGCAGCUGGACGAGUUUCUGGACUCCCUGCGACAGUACCUGCGGGGCACUGCUGGGGCCCAGAGCUGCUUCCACGUCACAGCCGUGAGGCUCGCGGAUGGCUCCACUUUUGUCGUGUACGAAUUCUGGGAGACCGAGGCGGCAUGGAAGAGGCACCUGCAGAGCCCUGUGUGCAAGGCAUUCCGGCAUGUCAAGGUGGACACGCUGAGCCAGCCCGAGGCCCUCUCCAGGAUCUCAGUGCCAGCUGUGUGGUGCACAGUGGGCCGAGACUGAUCAUCAUCCUGAAGUCCUGCUCCCCAAGCCCUUGGCCUCUUCAAGAGGAAGUCCCCUAUUUUCUAGAAACUUUGGUAUACAGCUGUUUUCAAAAUAUGCCCACAAAAGAAUGUAUCCUCCUGCUGUGUGAAUAAAGGACAACCCCCACCCCUCAAAAACUACUUUCUAGCACACCUCUAAUGCAUGCUUCAGUCCCUUAGUGGUAGUCAACAGGCAGAAGAAAACGCUGCAGUCUGUUAUGAAAGCGCCACCCUUGGCCUCGCCUCAACUUACCCCACCAACCAGGGCGCAGCACGGCGACUGAAGCAUUUAUUCAAAGGAAUAUUUUACACCUUUGAAGAAAAGGUAGCAUUUGGAACAAAAUGGAUGGGCUCUGAGGUGAUGAUGUUGUGUGAAAUCAGUCAAAACAUGAUAGAUUACAGAUGUUUUCAGUUAUCUGUAGAAUACAAAAAAAUUACAUGCAAAUAGAUGAAAUAAAAAUUUGAAUUCAGACAAUGGUUACCAGAGAACGGGGGAAGGCUGGCAGGGGAGGCAGGUGGGGUAUGGGCAUGAGGGGUUUGCUUUACCUGAAGCAUAGAUAAAAGUAGAAACUUCAGAUACAUCUCUAACUCAUUUCAGAAAGCCACUGUAUUAAAAGCAAGUCCAUGAAGCUGUUCUAUGUGUGUACAAUUUAAGAUCAAUGUACAUCAAUUCAAAUGUGAAAUUUAAAGCACAACGGCACCUUUCUUUGAGGACUGAUUACACAAUAUGGCUUAGGAAGUUGUGGUCCAUAAUUAAAAAAAAUUUGUUCUGUCUUUGAUUUUUGAUGGUCUGACAAGAACUACCUGGGUGCAGAUGCAAGAAUGUAGGUGUCCUGUGCUUGUUCCCUUAGGCAGGUCUCCUUCUCCGUUAAUACGGUUGCAACUCCUGUUUUUCUUCCCCUCCUGGGAGCCUGACCAGUCUUAGAUUUCCUUUUCUAAUUUCUUGUAGUUUCCCCAGUUUCCUUCUAAACGUUGGGCUCAAGUCAGACUGCUGAUGGCUGCACGGCUCUGCCCAGCUGCUAUAACCCACCUGAAUUUUACACUGAAAGUGAUUUCAUACAAAUUAAAAAAAUGUGAAUUAAAUCUUAAAAAAAACCUGAAGGCUCAGCCUGAGGGGGAAAAGACAAGGAAGCAGUCGUAUCGCCACACACCCACCUGGCCGUGACCUACCUCAAGGGAGGUGUCCUCAGAUAUCCGCGCCUCCUGGCUGCAGCGUCACCACUGUGGGGGGUGGUUGGGUUGGGGGGUUCUCCAGAGAGGGAGUAAAUCCAGCAGCAUCCAGGAUGGCCCAGGCCAGGGUCCGUGUACAAGCGGUAGAAGCACAGGGGCGCCACCCCAUGCUUCUCCCCACCUCUGGCCAAGGCCUCCUCAACUUGGGAGGAGCCUGAAGUCACAGAGCAAACAGUCCCUUGGCUUCUCGGCUGCCAGCCCAGCUAGUGGGAGGGAAAGGGGCUCACAUGUGCCCCGCUCUGGAAUGUGGGCCAAGUACAGGUUGUGUGGCCACCCGUGAGCAUGACUGUCCUUGGGUAGGGACAGGCCUCAGCAUUCUCUGAGGCCUGGCUCAGGACCACCCUGCUUGGGGGUCCUACCCACUGUGGGGGUGACCUCUCCUUCCAACUCUGACCGCGACACCCCACAAUAGGGAUCUUGAGUCUCAGUCCCACCCUCUAUUAUGGAUUAAACUGUGUCCCCUAACUCCUGGAACCCACAACUGUGACCUUGUUUGGAAAGAGAAUCUCUGCAGACAUGAAAGUAAGAUGAGGUCUCAGUUUAGCUGAAUUGGGGUCAGCAUUCAACCAGUGUCCUCAGAAAAGAGCUAUUUAGACAGACACACAGCAAACAGAAGCCGGGGGAGGCAGCUACCGGCCAAGGGGUGCCAGAAGCCAGCAGCAAGGUUAGCGGCUUCUGCCCACAACCCAAUCUAAACCACGAGAAUACGUUUCUGUUGCUGUAAAGCAGUGGUGGGUGUUAUACAGCCCACAGCGGUUUCCCCUCUCCUCACCACUGCACCAGAAACUCCUGGAAUGAAGAGGCCCAAACAAGCAACCUCAGAAGAUAAGUUAUCAGUCUCUAGCACCUCCAUGAUGAAGUGGCACGAUGAGACAUUGACGACAGGACACAGAUGGCCACCGGGAGA